CUAGAGGGCACGUCUAAUGCAGCGUAUUAGUGAGUAAGAGUGAGAGGGGUUCUUCCUGCGGAAACUGUGAGCCGGCUUAUCCUAUUGGUUCCCCUGGGUCCUUCUCUGCAGCUGAAUGUCCUCUCUUGUGUAUUUCACGCUAUAAAAUGGAUAAUCCGGGAAACCAAGUUGUUGGAGUCUGGGCCUGUGAAGCACCGGCAUGUGUGUAUAUUGAACUAGAGGAGCAGAAUGAUGAAGAAGAAGCAGAGGCCUGCACUAUGGAUCACAUUGACCACUGCUACUCCUCAGACAAUACAGACGCCUGUCUUGUUACUAUAGAACUUAAAAAUAAAAUCAGAAACUUGCAAAGGAUAGCCAACAAUCAGAAGUACCGGAUACAGAAAAUGAAGCAGUACAUUAAAGAGUUAAAAAUGCAAAAUAAGGAGACUUGUAAGAAACAGGUGGCCGGCUGGUUGGACCUGUAUACGAUUGAUGGGAGCACAGGGGAAAAAACAUGCAAACGAACGCUACUCAUCCCCAGAAACCUUCAAGGGCGGCACAUCAGUCUCCCAGAUUCCUGCACGGAAGCUGAGGGGCCAAGUGCAACUGAACCAGCAGUGCCCAGGCUGCUCAGGAGUCGCACUAAAAAGUUACUUACAGAACCAGAGAGAGCAGAGUCAGCAGGCUGUUCAGAAAGUGACCAUGAGAAAGAGCAGGAGGGCAGCGGCACGGCUAGCCCUGAAUCAACGAGUCAACAAAGCCUUGCCGUGUCUUCCGAGCAACAAAGAAUCGGCUGAUAGAAAGAUCUAACUAAAGCAUAAAGGAAAAUCAGCAGUAACAGGUCAUGCUCCAAGCGAGCAAUAGUAAGGAUUCCUGGGAAGGCUACUCCAGUCAGAGCUGGACUGUGCAGUGGCAUCAUUUGGCAAUCACUAGUCUGUUUUAUUUAGCUCAAGUAAGGGAGAGUAGUCGAAAUCCUGGUAUUAGCCAUCUAAAACUGCAAAGGUCUCAGAAACCACAAAAUGGGAGUUGCAAAAGUGGUUAUAGUGUGCUGUAAAUAAGUUAACAUCAACAAAUCUUUUUUUUUUUUUUUUUUGGAUGGAAGUGUAUUGCAUUUGUCCUCAUCGACAAGAAGCACUUCAACAUUUGCCAGUACUCUUCUUAUGAAGUAAGGGAAAAACUUAUCUUUCCUUUUUUAUAAGCUUGAUUCAUGUCUUAGUUGCAGAUUAAAUGAAAAUAAGGCCCACGUGUAUAUUUGUUUCAUAAUAAAAAGAUGUUUAUUUGUUUGCACUA